CCUCAUAUCGUCUCGGACAAAGAUGCAGCCCAACGUGCUGUCCGUGCUCAGCCGAUAAGAAUCACCUGAAGAAAAGAGGACGAGAAAGCGAGCGACCAAGGUGGUUGUUUUUGGGCACUCUCUGCACAGUUGCGCACCGGCCACGAUGCUGUUACCGUCCGGUACCCUGCUGCUGCUGCUGGCGGCUCUCUGCUCCACUGUAGACCUGACAUGGGCUGAGGGCUGCGGUACAUCAUGUGGAAAAUGUGACUGCAGUGGUGUUAAAGGAGCAAAGGGUGAGCGUGGAUUUCCUGGUCUUCAAGGUAAUAUGGGAUUUCCAGGGAUGCAGGGACCUGAAGGUCCAUCAGGACCAAUCGGCCCCAAGGGAGGUCUGGGUGAACCUGGAGCUACUGGACUGAAAGGAGUGCGGGGCCCUGCUGGUCUGCCAGGUUUCCCAGGAAACCCAGGACUACCGGGCAUCAAUGGAAAUGACGGCCCACCAGGUUCAUCAGGUAUCCCAGGAUGCAAUGGGACUAAAGGAGACAGAGGGAGAGAUGGCACUCCUGGUUUUGGCGGACUUCAAGGACCUCCUGGCAUCCCAGGAAUUCAUGGAAUGAAGGGUGACCCUGGUGGUGUGAUCGGGAUUAUUCCCCUGAAAGGAGACAGCGGAUUCCCUGGCACACCUGGAUUACCUGGAACAAGUGGACCUUCUGGACCUUCUGGACCUCCAGGACCUUCAGGCUAUCAAGGACCCAAAGGUGACGCUGGCCUACCUGGGCCUCCUGGAGAAGUGGGUGACAAACUGGCCUUUGUGAGUGAGAAAGGAGAUAAGGGUGAUCCAGGAUUUCGUGGCCCACCCGGCCCUCCUGGACCUCCACCACAGGGAGUGGCAGGAACUCCCGCCACAGAGUACAUACCUGGACCUCAGGGUGACAGAGGAGUAACAGGAGACAAAGGAGACAAAGGCUAUUGCACCCCGCAUUUAUUUGGUAACAAAGGUGAACCCGGCCCACUUGGACCAAGAGGUAAAUCUGGCAAGGAUGGAGAUGACGGGAAGAAGGGAGAAAAAGGCUUCCCUGGAUCAACUGGAUACACCGGUUCCCAGGGUGAAAAGGGAGAAAGAGGACCUCCAGGUUAUGGUGAUGGUGCCUCUGGCCCUCCUGGUCCUCGUGGUUUACCAGGGUUACAAGGAGAAAAAGGUUAUCAUGGUCCUCAGGGAGAGGCAGGUCCACCAGGCCGGCACAUGGAAGGGCCUCGAGGAGAGAGGGGUCAGAAGGGAGACUUUGGUGAGAAAGGAGACAGGGGUUUAGAAGGAGAGUCUCUCGUUGGACCUCCAGGACAACCAGGGGCCAAUGGACCACCUGGACCAGCUGGACCACCGAUUGAUUCUACUGACUGUGACAUCCAGAAAGGAGGUCCUGGCCCACCUGGACCUCUAGGGUUACAAGGGGAACUGGGACAGAAAGGUGACAGAGGAGAUACCUGUGUUGAAUGUGAAGGUUCCGGCCCACCUGGAUUAGCUGGCCCCGAGGGCCCUAAAGGAGAGCGAGGACCUCCUGGGCCAGUAGGAGGCAAGGGAGAAAAGGGUGGAAGUGGCAAUCCUGGACAAUCUGGAAGACCUGGUUCUCAAGGUUUUCAUGGCUUGACCGGAGCCCCUGGUGCUGUUGGUGAGCCAGGGGACAUUUUUGCCUCUCCUGGUCUGAAGGGGGACAAAGGUCUGCCUGGUGUUUCUGGUUCCCCGGGGCAGCCGGGGUUGGAUGGACAGCCAGGGAGAGAUGGACACCCAGGUACACAUGGCUUCAAAGGAGAACCGGCCAAAGAGGGCAUCAAGGGUGCGCGUGGACCGGAUGGGGACCCCGGUCUUUCUGGGUCUCCGGGAGAGAGGGGUCCACCUGGCCUGCCAGGCUUUGGUCGACCAGGAGAGCACGGAGAUAAGGGCAGUCCGGGAAGACCAGGCCUUCCUGGAACUCCUGGACCAUCUGGUACAAAAGGUGAGCCAGGUAAAGGUGUGAGCACUCCUGGACCUCAGGGAGUACCUGGGACACGCGGAGAACCUGGCGCACCUGGACUUCUAGGUGACAGAGGCCUGCAGGGAGACUCAGGGUUGCCAGGUUUCCCUGGACAUAAGGGUGAACACGGACCACCUGGAAUUGGAUUUCCAGGCCUAACUGGUCAAAAAGGAACCAGUGGAAUUCCAGGAGCUCCAGGAUUACCAGGAGAGCCAGGACGACCAGGACAGAAUGGCUUGACUGGACAAUCUGGUACACCUGGACCAAAAGGUGAACCAGGGCGGGGUCUUCCAGGCCCAAAAGGUUCGCAGGGCCGCCCAGGAAUUACUGGCUUCCAGGGAGACAAGGGUUCCUUUGGACUACCUGGUAUUCCUGGACAAGAAGGCAACACAGGACAACCAGGACCUCAGGGAAUCAAAGGUGAAGUGGGACCUCCAGGACCUGCUGGACUGGUUGGCUUUCCAGGUGCUCCAGGAAAAGGUUCCCCCGGAACUCCCGGACCACAAGGGCCAGCUGGAGAGCCUGGACCAUACGGUAGGGAAGGUGUAAAGGGAGAAAAGGGCUACCCAGGUGGUCCCGGUCUGGACAUGCCGGGGCCUCAGGGAGAGAAGGGAACCCCUGGGUUCCCAGGAACCUCAGGUCCUAAAGGACUGCCUGGACAAUCAGGUCUACCUGGCAGGGACGGACUGAUUGGAAACCAAGGUACUAAAGGUGAAAUGGGGGUCAUAGGGACUCCGGGAGUACCAGGAUUUCCUGGACCACCUGGUAUAGCUGGAUCUUCUGGACUGAGAGGUGAUCCUGGUAUUACUGGACCAAGAGGUAAUAUUGGAGAGCCUGGACGUAAAGGAGAAAGGGGAGAUCAGGGUCUUCAGGGACCUCCUGGGAACAUGACCAAAGAUUUAAUGAUUCACAUGAAGGGGGACAAAGGAGACAUCGGAAACAUAGGUAUGCCUGGGAUCACUGGAGAGAAGGGCCACCGUGGAAUUGCUGGUAACCCUGGAAUGCCCGGCAAAGAUGGAGAGCCUGGAUUACAAGGACAACCAGGUGGGAAAGGAGACCCUGGUUAUCCUGGAGAUCCUGGCAGUAUGGGACCACCCGGACAGAAGGGCAAUAUAGGAGAGAUGGGAAUACCAGGAGUGGGUGGUCCAAAGGGUGGUAAAGGAGAUACUGGUACACCGGGACAUCAUGGAUUCAGAGGCACAGACGGACAGAAAGGGGACAAGGGAGCAAUUGGUGACCCAGGUAUUGGGCUCCCAGGACUUCCAGGAGAAAAGGGUCAGAUAGGCCAGCCAGGAUUCCCAGGAACACCAGGAGAGAGGGGUGCGACGGGUCAUGAGGGUAUGCCCGGCCAGCCAGGACUGCAAGGAAUCAAGGGAGAUAAAGGACUCAUCGGGUAUUCAGGUCAGCAAGGUAGACCAGGCGAGAAGGGUACCCCUGGGCUUUCGGGAUCUGCAGGAGAAUCUGGUCGUGACGGUCGGCCUGGCGAAGGCGGCUUGCAGGGACCUCCAGGUGUUCCCGGAGAGAAGGGAGAUCCCGGAGUAGAUGGCAUCCCUGGAUUGUCAGGCGAGAGAGGAGACCCAGGUCAAGCUGGCCGAGGUUUCUCUGGACCACCUGGAGUGCUUGGAGGCAAAGGUGACAAAGGUAGUCCUGGCUUCCCUGGCACUCCAGGUAAUCCAGGUGUCUCUGGUAUCAAAGGCGACAAGGGACUUCCAGGCUCACAUGGACCCCAGGGUGAGACAGGAGAGAGGGGGACCCCAGGUUUCUCUCUGGAGGGCCCUAAGGGAGAGAGGGGAGAAACAGGACAACCCGGGGAAGCAGGAUCCACAGGAGGACCAGGACCCUCUGGUGUGAAUGGCAGAGACGGCCAAAAGGGAGACAAAGGAAACCAGGGUCCUCCUGGAUUUCAGGGGGAGUCGGGACAUAAGGGUGACCCUGGAGUUUCUGGGUUUCCUGGACCAUCUGGCCUUCCAGGUAUUGAUGGACUGCAAGGAGAGAGGGGAUUACAGGGUGUCCCUGGCUUCCCAGGUACAAGGGGGACUUUUGGGGACGCCGGAUUCAAAGGAGAACUUGGAGACAGAGGAUACCAAGGAGAAAAGGGCAAUGAAGGCCCCCCUGGUCCCCCCGGCCCCAGCACCUUCAUCAAAGGAGAUAUGGGGUUCCCAGGGAUGAAUGGCUUACCGGGACCCCAGGGGCCAUCUGGGCUACCUGGACAGAAAGGACACCAAGGUGUGACGGGUAUUUCAGGGCCAAAAGGUGAAGAUGGCCUUCCUGGAUAUCACGGUCAGCCUGGAUCCAAAGGAGAUACUGGCCUGCCAGGGCCACAUGGACCCAGAGGACACCCUGGCCCCCCAGGACCUGACGGUGUUCCAGGUCAAGUGGGUCACCCUGGCCCCUCCUCCAUGGAUCACGGGUUCCUGGUAACCCGUCACAGCCAAACGGUGGAGGUUCCACACUGUCCCGAGGGGACCUCGCUCAUAUAUGACGGCUACUCGUUGCUCUACGUGCAAGGCAACGAACGCUCCCACGGACAGGACUUAGGUACGGCGGGCAGCUGUCUAAGGAAGUUCAGCCCCAUGCCCUUCCUGUUCUGUAAUAUUAACAACGUGUGCAACUUUGCCUCCCGAAACGACUACUCCUACUGGCUCACUUCCCCUGAGCCCAUGCCCAUGAGCAUGGCACCCAUCACUGGUGAAGGCAUCAAACCCUUCAUCAGCAGGUGUUCUGUGUGUGAAGCCCCAGCCAUGGUGAUAGCCAUUCACAGUCAGACCAUCAUGAUCCCAUCAUGCCCUCGAGGCUGGGACUCUCUGUGGAUUGGCUACUCCUUUGUCAUGCACACCAGUGCUGGUGCUGAAGGAUCGGGCCAGGCUCUGGCCUCUCCUGGUUCCUGCCUGGAGGAAUUCCGCAGUGCUCCAUUCAUCGAGUGUCACGGUCGUGGAACCUGCAACUACUACGCCAACUCCUACAGCUUUUGGCUCGCCACCAUUGAAGACAAUGAGAUGUUUACGAAACCUGUCCCCACAACGCUAAAAGCAGGCAGUCUCCGAACACACAUAAGCCGCUGUCAGGUGUGCAUGAAGAGGACAUAAACCCCAACACCAGAGGCCUCCUUCCUAACCUGCGAGCAAAACGCUGACGUCCUCGUCUUGGCUUAACUUGCUGUUUUCAAACGAUGGUGCUAUUUCCCUGCAUGUGUGAGAGGAGAGGGACAGAGAUGUGGUUUGCAAAACAGCCAGAGAUUGAACCUUACAAACCAGAACAACGGAGACCAAGCGGCCUUUUGCUCCAUGCAGAACACAACAUGAUCACAACAUGUCUCUAAAGAAUCGCACCCAGUUUACCGCUGCACUGAGUACAUGCCCCCGAAACUGGUAAACUGGUGUUCAUUUUGUGUGAGUCAGGUGCUAUUCAAUCUUACUUAUCUGCCUUAUUCCAUUUUGUUUGUUUUUCUUCUCCCUACCAGUGCCACAGCAUUCAAAGAUAUAGCCUUGUUUUAUUAUAGAUUUUAACUUGUUUAAACAUACUAAUGUAGAGGAUGGGAGUUACCACUGGUUACAGACGCUUGUCAUUUGCUAAUUCACCGUAAUCUUGCCAACACAUACAUAUAUAUACCAAUCACUCUGUUGUAAAUAUAAUGCAUUCCUCUCUAACAUAGUCCAUACUCUCCUCAGGUUAUUAUUGAAAUACUUUGUGUGUUAUUAAGUCCAUUUUUAUUUAUAAGAUUUAUGAGAAUAUGUUGGACUUGUAUCUGAGAUUCCAUAGAUCCAAAAACAGUGUUUCAAUGUCUGACAAUUGGCGCCUUAUUAACAUACAAAACAGCACUGAAAGAGCAUUGGCGUGUAUGUGUGUGCGUGUGUGUGAGUGUACAUAUAUGAAUGGAUUAGAGCUGCUUAGAAGUGGUGUGUGUUUUGUGACGUCUGCAUAUAUAUUGUUGUUGACAUAAUCCAAAACAGAUGCACAAAAAGAAAUAGACCAAAAAA